AGGGCUCGGAACUUUAUGCAUUUGCAUCUUUCUCAGGAAGCUGCAUAUUUCAAAUCUGAUUCGAUACAAAUUCGUUCCAUGAACCAUACAAUUGAUAUACAAAAAUUUAUGUUGCAUAUUUUUGCAUAUUUUACUAAAUUUAUAUGAUUUUGCAUAUUUAAAGAUUUUGAGUAUAUAAAUGCAUUUUAUGUUAAAAAUGUAUUAAAAAUCAACAAUUAACAAGUUUUCAAUAAUUGAAUAGAUGAAAUAUUGUGUAAAUGUUUAUAAUUUUAUUAAUAUUUAUUUUUAUCAAGAGCUAUUGUCUCUUAACUAUUGUCAUCGGCGACGCUCGCCCGUAUCGUUUAACCUAUCGUAUAGUGUUUAUACACUAAGAAAAUAUGAACUGGCCGUAAUCUUAAUGACCGGCCAGAUUUUUAUAUUUAUAUUAAAGUCGCUCGUUAGAUAAAAUUAAACAAAAUACCCAUAUACCAAUUAUAUUGUAUUGUAUUGUGUUGUACUGAGGUGUAUGUCAGUAUGUGUGCGUUCGUGUGUCGAAAACAAAUUCGAUAACGGUGGUUUGUUACUUUAAUAAAUUUAGUCUGUUCGUAUUGUUCGCUUACCGCGCUCGAUUACUGCUACGUAAAAUUGUGAUUUUAAUAUUUGUUAGACAAAAGUUAAAAUGCCUAAAGAAAAAAAAAAUUUAAGUAGUCGUUUAAAUACUUUUGUGUCUGAGUUCGGUACAAAUGUUUUUAGUAUUGACUCUAGGAUAUUAUUUUGCAAAUAUUGCGAAACGAAAGUCGAUUCUGAAAGGAGAUCCAGUGUAAUACAGCAUUUGAAAACAGAAAAACAUUUGCGUUCUGUUAAACGUAAAGAAGAUCAAAAAGAAACCAAGUGCCAACUACUAUUGACCAAUGAUUUAUCGUCUAAAAAAUCGAAAUUUAACCUGAAUUUAUGCAAAGCUAUGGUCUCUGCUAAUAUACCACUUAAUAAAUUAUCAAAUGUAGAGUUUAGAAAAUUUUUGGAAGAUUGUUCUGGAAAAGAUAUCCCUACAGAAUCAGUACUUCGAAAAUUUUAUUUAGACGACUGUUACAACGAAAUUAUAGAAAAAAUUAGACGACGUGUUUUCAACCGAAAAAUUUGGGUGUCACUUGAUGAAACAACAGACGCAGAAGGCCGUUUUAUAGCAAAUGUAAUAAUAGGAACUUUGGAAGAGGAUACUGCUGGUCCAAUUUUCUUACUGAAUACUGAAGAGCUUGAAAAAACCAACCACUCUACGGUUAGUAAACUUUUUGACAAAUCAUUAGGCAUUUUAUGGCCUGAUGGGAUAAGACACGACGACGUUUUAUUAUUUUUAUCUGACGCCGCACCGUAUAUGAUAAAGUGUGGGAAAUCAUUGAACGCACUCUACUCUAAAAUGGUACAUGUGACUUGUGCUGCUCAUGGUCUCCAUAGAGUUUCGGAGGAAGUACGAAAUCAAUUUAGUACUGUUGAUAAAAUCGUAGCCAACGUAAAAAAAAUAUUUAAAAAAGCACCAUCACGUGUACAAAUUUUCAAAAGUUACGCACCGGAAAUCCCUUUACCUCCAGAACCAAUAAUAACCCGUUGGGGUACCUGGAUCAAUGCCGUACUUUAUUAUUGUAAAUACUAUGAAAAAAUCCGUGAUGUUGUAAAUAUGUUGGACUCCAAUGAUGCAUUGAGUAUUAAAGUUUCAAAAAAAAAUUUAGUAAAAGAACACGUUCAAAAUGAUUUAGUGUAUAUUACUUCAAAUUUUAAAGUUCUUUCUGAAUCAAUUUUGAAACUGCAGACUAAAAACAUGCCUUUAGCCGAAUCGUUGAGCAUCGUGGACAAUGUUCAAACACAAUUAAAAUCCGUUCAAGGAGAACCAGGGAAAAAAGUCUACGAAAAAAUGGAAAACGUUUUAUCUAAAAACAUCGGGUUAAAAACACUAAAUCAAAUCUCGUCAAUACUUAAUGGAUCUAUCUCCACCAUGGAUGGUCUUCCCGAAGAUCUAACAACAAAUGACCUUAUUUUCUACAAGUACGCACCAAUUACGUCCGUGGAUGUCGAAAGAUCGUUUUCUGCUUACAAAAACCUUUUGAGCCACAACAGACGAUCAUUUAAACUCGAAAACAUAAAAAAGCAUCUUAUCAUUCAGUGUAAUUCAGGUAAUUAUAAUAAUUACCUAAUACCUAACAUGAUUUAAUAAUCGCUGUAUUUGAUAAAUUCUAUUUUUUUAAAUUUAGGAUUCUGGAACUAAAUUCAGUAUAAUUCAAACAUAAUUUUUUUUUUUUAUAAUUUUACUUUAAAAUAUAUUUUUUUUUAUAAUUUUACUUUAAAAUAUAUUUUUUUUAUAAUUUUACUUUAAAAUAUAUUUUUUUUAUAAAAUAAUAAAUGCAUAUUAUACUGCAUAUUUGCGUUUUUUUUAGUGCAUACGUAUGCACAUAUUUUAUUGUUUUUAAGCGCAUAAAGUUCCGAGCCCU